CCGUGUUCGUGCAACAUUUCCUGUACGCGCGUGAGUGUGCCAGUGUGUGAUGGUCAGAGCAGGUCCACUCGCGGCGGGUCCCAGAUCGAAACAAACAUGAUUAUCUCCAUACGAUUAUUAAUAUUUCUUGCGGCUCUGUGGCUUUUCUCGGAAGGGAAGACAUCUCUGCCAUAUAAAUCAGAUGGUGACUGUGUCAAUAGCACCUCAGAAUAUUUCAACAAAUUGCUAAGCAUAUGCUGCAGUAAAUGCAAACCAGGGACCCGUCAGCAAGUGGAGUGCACUGCUGAUUCGGACACCAUCUGUGCGCCCUGCCAGGAUGGACAGUACUCUGACAAUAUGAACCAUUUUGGCAAUUGUUUUUCAUGUAAAAAAUGUAAUGAUGACAAAGGACUGAAGUAUGUCACAAAAUGCUCGGCUGAUACCAAGUCUGUUUGUGAGUGCAAGCUUGGAAUGUUCUGUUAUCGAUAUCAUUUCGACGAAUGUGAGGCAUGUAGAAAAUAUAAAUCCUGCAAACCUGGUGAAGGUGUAAUCAAAAAUGGUACAUCUAAAUCUAAUGUCAAGUGUGAACGCUGUAGUGAAGGAACAUUUUCUAACAGCACUAAUACUGAAACCUGCAAGCCACAUACUCGAUGUGUUGGCAGUGCAGUUUUGAGACCUGGCAAUUCCACCACUGACACAAAGUGUGACACGACACCAUUUACAACAAACAAGGUUCCUCCUCAAAUAUCAACCAAGGGUUUCCUAAACGUUCCUCCGCAAGUAAAACCAAGUGGAAUCCAGAGCUCUACACAGCCCAUGAAUACAACUUUCACACCAUCUUUACCUGUAUUGCGUGGAGUGAUAUCAAGCACAACAAGAAUUUCCUCAAAUCUAGUUUCAGUCAGGCCAAUUUCCAACCCUGAACCAUAUACCAUCACUAUAAUCUAUGUCAUCGCUUGCUCAGUGAUGGGUUUGCUGACACUGACAAUGAUAGUGAUUAUUUGCAGAUUUCGAAACAGGAAAGCAGGUGUAAAGAAGGCUGUGAUCGUAGAAAACAACAAGCAAGAGCAGGGUCUCUUGGCGAACUACAGACCUGAUCUUCAGUGUUUAUUACACACUGAUGGGUGCCAGAAAGAGCCGUCUACGACAUCAUCAGACAGCCUGAGCCAGCCAGACUCAAGCCAGAGCCACAGCAGCAAUUACUGGUUAGAAGGUGCCAGCCUGGAGGAGACUCUACCAGAGCAACCAUCCGUGUCCAGUCCCUUAGUCAAUCUGAGUAUCACGGCCACAUUUAACUGUCAAAUGAACCCGACUUGCUGUUCCAUACCACUCAGUCCUGCUACACUGACACCCAAAGCUGAAGCUCCAGUGCGACUAUCUCAAGAGGAGGUCUGCAUCUCCUGCCAGCAAGAAGAUGGCAAAGAAGCCCUGCAGUCGGUGCAGGAGAGCAACCCAUGUGUGUGAUCAAAAUGGAGGAUUACAAGCUUGCUUAAUUAAUAGAAAGAGCAAGAACAAAAGAGCUGUUUAUUGCGUUAAAGACCCCUUAAUAUAGUUUUAUGAACACAGUUUUCUUUUCUGUGUUGACGUAUUUCCUAAUGAAACCGAAAGAUGGGGUGGGACGAAGAGCUUGUCUCUUAUUCAAUAGCCUUUAGGAGAGCAAACCACAUGUUCUCUGAUUGGAGUAAUCGAAACUUGUUUGAUUACAGUAUGUGUCAUUAACUGAGAACAAGGGCAAAGGAUAUGUUUUAUUGAAAUGCUUUGACUUGCAGCGUCCCUUUCUGUGUUCAUGUAAUUCCUAUUGAAACAGACAGUUGAGGCCCAACAUAUCGAUGGGCUCGCCGCCUUUUUAAAAAGCUGAAAACCUAUAAUUUAUGUCAUAGCCCAGCAAAACCAAAGGGUUGGCUAUUCUGCCUUUGACGUCACAGCUCAGGAUAGUUGCUAGUGAGUGGCUUGGGACUGUGCAGUUUUUAGUGAACCAUCAGCCAAUCAGCAUUUUGAGGAUGCCAUUUUGGCCACAUGGAAUUUAUUGAUAAGGGUUUGUAUGGCUACAAAACAAAUAUUGGCAGACCUAUGCAAGUAGGUUUAGCUGCAGAACGAAGAUCUCUUAAUUGGGGCAGAAUCUUCAAAAGAAAGUGGUUAACUCCAGAAGGGGGUCGAGCCAGCUCCAAAAAGGGGCAGCGAAAACUGCAGGUGUUGUAGAGCCGAGAUGAUCAGAACUUGAACAUUUAUGAACAAAUGAAAACAUACUGUGUAUUUAAAAUGUGCACUGUUACAUUACAUUCACAGCAACAGCACCAAAGAAUAAAAAUAAUCUAAACUA